CACUUCCACCCAGUGUUCGCUCUAUUCACUAUGAUCAAAAUGCACGUACUAUUGCUUCUGCUGGUACAUAGGCCUGACCUGUGUCUAGGAUCAUGUCGCCCACUUUGUCAGCCAGCCCGGUCGGCACAUUCGGAUCACUCAUCUCGUUGGCAGCAUCCGACAUCGUGAUGUCGAUCAUCCUAGCUAGCGUAUUCUGGCGGCGUCGCUCCGUAUUUCCUACGGUCAACCGUGUUCUGCGUCUGGUCAUCCUGUACAGCAUGGAGACUGCCUUGAUCACAAGUGUAGGUGCAACGGCGGGCGUUGUAAUGUUUGCUGCGAUACCGAGUUUACCAGUGUUCACGGCCGUACUGUGGAUCCUCCCGAAUCUCAUCUUAAGCUCAUUGUUUGUGGCUCUGAAUGCCAGGCAGGGGCUCAGGGCCCAGAACGUCAUCAUCAUGUCGCCCAUUCAGCGCUCUCACGAGACUGAAGUUUCCUGCAUAUCGCAUUCCUGAGCCGGAAGGACCGCUUGUAGGAUGCGCUCUCCCCGAAGUCCGUAUUGAGCCAACGUCACCUCGAUCGUCAAUUUUUCCCGUUC